AUGGGUCUAAAACGCAAACGCUCAACCCCGACCCUCUCCUCCCCCUUCUCCUCAAGCUCCUCCAGCGACGCCUCCACAUCAAGCCCUCUCCCGCACUUCUACGCCCAAACCAAACCCCUCGAACCGCUCUACCAAAAACCCACCUGGUCCUUCCCGACCUACGACGAAGGCUCCCACGCGAACCACCUGAACAGUCGCACGAGGAAGAGGUUUCGGGAUGGCAGGCCUGAGGAGGGGAUUGUAUACGAGCAUACAAUGAAUCGAUUAUACAACGCGCAACGCGAACAUCCUAACGCUUCGCCUAUAUGCGCUUCGAGUCCGAACGUUGCAGCGCCAGUGCUGCCGCAGAGGAGUACGCUCCACUUUUUCUGGCGGAUUCCUCAGCAGCCGCCGCCGUCGACGAUUCCGAUGGUUCUCGAUCAUGGUGACGUGGGCGUUCAGCGGGAUACGCGCUGUGAGGAUUGUGAUGGAUCGCUACGACAUGAUGAGGCGAUGGAGAUUGAUGAGGAUGUGUAUGUCCAGGAGACGAGUUGUUGGGAGUGUAGGAGGAGGGUUUGUGAUAUGUGUGCGGUGAAGGGGGAUCGGAGGGUCUGUUUGGGGUGUGCGAGUGGGAGGUGA